AUGGCGUCCCUCAUCUUCUUGCCGUCUCACAUCAUUGCCCUGCUUACCCUUGUCACAGCUUUGCGCGAUUGCAACAACAAUGUUGAUCGGGCCUUUGAAGAGCUGACGCGGGAUGGACAGCCCCAGGCACAGACUUCAAAGUCCAAGAGCAAGACGGCUCGUGCCGCUGCUCGUGGUGACGGCGAUUCGAAUCAGUAUCACAGCAAUGGCGCCCCGCGGGGUGAGCGUGGCUCACGUCCUCGUGGUCGCGGUCGCGGUGAGGGCGAAGGCGACAGUAACGGUUUUGCCGGUGCUCGAGGCCGAGGUACGGGCCGUGGCGUCAACCCAGAGCUGCGUCAAUCCACUCCUGCCGCAGAUACCGAAGCUGCCGUUUCCACGCCGGAGCAACAAACACAACAGGCCCCGCAGGCACCCGAAAAGCCCAAGGGUCCACAGCCCAUGACUUGGUCCAAGCUUCUCUUUGGUCAAAAGCCCCAGCCUCCCAAACCCACGCUGGCGACGGCACCCACCCCUGCAGCGGCAGCAGCAGCACAGCCUACGCCUGCUGCGGCGGCUGCUGAGGCCGAGGCCCGCAAAACUGGUCGUGGCCGCAAGGAGGAAACAGCCAACGCUGAUGCCCUCGUCCUGCCCGACCCUACCACUGCAGCGAAGAAGUCGGACACCCCUGCUGUUCUGCCCGAGCCAGCCGCAGCGCCCGAGUCAGCAGCCGCGGCCACUGUCACUUCAGCUGCUCCUUGGAAUGCUUGGUCUGCCGGUGCACCCGGUUCCAACAACAGCAGCAAGCAGGAGCCUGCCAAGCCCGAGCCAGCGUCUUGGCCCAGCCCUAAACCCGUCGCAACUGAGCCUGCAGCUCCCACCGAGCCCGCUGCCCCUGCGGCCGCGCCUCCUGCAGUGUCGGCUUCUCCCGCUGCUGCUCCCAGCUCUGCGCCCCCCAAGGAUGCCUGGGGUACCACCAACGCUGCCAGUGAAUGGACGACCAACUGGCCCGCCAAGGAUGACGCCGACAAGUCCGCUCCUGGAUGGCUUCCCCCCCUCGAGGGUGCUGGCAAGUACACUCGCACCACGUCCGCAGGCCAUGAUGAGGUUGUCAAGAUGCCUUCGCUCAACACCAACUUUGACACCACCUUCGGCAACCUGGGUAUCAAUUUCGGCGUCCACGCCGACACUGCCCCCGAGCCCGUCGGUGCCAAGAGCCCUGCUACCUCAGCUGCCCCUCUCUCGGCCCCCGCCCCCGCGACCGUCUCUGCUAGCGCCGAGUCGUCCAUCAACACUGGCAACAACACAUUUGAUCUGCCUCCCCUCAACAAUCAGUUCAACACCCCGCUGCCUGCUUCCCUCCCCUCUUCCGUGGCCACCUCCAUCGAUGCUCCUAGCUCUGGCAUGGGUCCCCUCGGCGGUCUGGGUGUGACGGCGCCUGAUGCUCAGCCCUCGGUCAACCCCAACUUUGCGCAGCAGGCACAACAGCAACACCUGCAGCAGCAGCAGCAACAUCUGCAACCGCAACUGCAGCAGCACAGCCCGGUCCAGAUGCCUUCACAACAACCACCUGCGCAUCAGACCAGCCAGAUGGCUCCCGCGCAGCCCCAGCAGCCAUCCCAGCAACAAACGUCGCUGCCUCAACCCCAGCAGCCGCAAUCUCAGCAGCAGCAGCAGCAGCAGCAGCAACAGCCUCAGCCCCAGCAGCAAGGCCAACAUAUGCCUACUGGGCACAUGGGUAUGCCGUAUGGAUACGAGCAUUCUGGGGCUUCAGGCUACGAGUCACACGGCUACACCAAGGGCUCGUACCCAAUGGGCAACAUGGCUAACUAUCAGCAACAAGCUUACUAUGGCACACACAAUGCCUACAACAGUGGUGGUCGUCAAUCGGGCCCUCGUAGCCAGCAGCAGCACAGCGGCAAGUCACACGGCAACCCCUCAUCCAUGCGCGGUCAGCAAAACACUGGGAUGUAUCCCAUGGGCGGCAUGAACUACGUGUACCCCAUGAGCGCUAUGGGCGCCAUGGGUGGCAUGGGCACUAUGGGUGGCAUGGGCGCUAUGGGCGGCAUGGGCGGCAUGGGCACCAUGGGUGGCAUGGGCGCUAUGGGCGGCAUGGGCGCUAUGGGCGGCAUGGGCGGCAUGGGCGGCAUGGGCGGCAUGGGCGGCAUGGGUGGCAUGGGCUUCCCUCCUUACAUGUUCCACCAAGGUCAACAGCAGCAGCCCUACAGCGCCUCAAGCAAGUACACGCCCUCUGUUGGUCCUUCCGGUAGUAGCUCGGAUGCCAGCCGGGGCAGUGCCCAGCACGGCGGCAUGGGUGACCAUGACAGUUCCUAUCAUCAUCAUCCAUUUGACAUGUCCUCGUACCACACCAGUUAAGCAGCUGUCUCUGGCGCAUGGUUUGCCUGCAUCCCUUCCGUUCCUUCGUCUUCAUUCCUGUGACAGACUCGAAUUCCUUGCGAGAGGCUCAAAUCGAAUGGCGAUCCCGG